CUGAGAAGAUCAUUCUACUAGAAUCGCUUCAAGAAAAACCUCUACAACUCUACAAUACAUCUUCACUUCAUAUCCAAUUGAAUCAAUACAAAAGCUUCAAUCCUCAUCUGCGCAAAACCUCAUCUCUCAAACCGCCGCUCUUCAUUCAUCCCAGGGCUAACAAGGCCACUUAAACCACCAAAGGCUCAUCCAGAGUCCGACAAGUGCUGAUAGAUCUUCAAUCUUAACACGCCUGGCCUUACGGCUUGCGCUGCGGAGUCCUCGGAACCAUAGGUUAGCUUAACUGCUAUACUUUCAACGACACAAUUUAUUCCGAACUCAUACUGCAUUACAAAUGCUGUCCAAUCCAAAAAACCUUCAACGACACCGACAACACCGACGACAACAAUCGACACCAACGGCUUACGACGCCCCGAAGGUCCCAACCCUGCCAACAAACCAGAAGAAUGCCUCACACCGACGAGGCAUGAGCCUGGAUCAACGACGACGCCAAUCACCAACGCAGGACACAGGAAGUAUCACUAACCAAGGAUUUAACGACAACCAACAGCAUAUAUUGCAAGAAACGCAGCUGCACAGACUGGCAUGCCAGGGCCAACAACCGACACGCUUUUUCAACCCGACAGACGAUGAGAACUACUUAAUAUCGCCUCUUGUCACACCGCAAAGGAAAAACUUUGGUAUCGGGUGUAUCGAUGUGUAUGGAGCCUCAAAAAAACGCGCUUCGUAUUCAGCAUACCCCGAACCGAUCAAUUCGAUAAACGGAGUCAACGAGAACACGCACGCCAGGAAUGGCCAGUUCGCCGGCAAUGACUCUCUUCUCUACCAGGAUGAGGAGACCACUCCUUCAGCAUAUGUUGACUUUUCAAUGGCAUUCGAUGGCUCGCAGGCGCAAGAAAGUUGGAACGCAACUAUCAAGCCCAACAGGUCUUCGCAUAGCCGUCGGGUCAGUGGCAACAUUGCCGAUAGAGUGGCGCAGUAUGAAGAUUUAUCUGCUAGGCAGUCAUCUUCAAGGCCAAUCACGCCUCCUAAUCAUGAUUCUCCGAACUACAUUCCCCUCACUCCAACACAAACACCAUUUACUCGCCAUGCAAAGGUAAAACACAUGCCGCAAGCAUUUUCUGGCGACUAUGAUACUUCCAUGGAGGCCACCAUCAAGCCAACCCACCGCAGGAAUCGCCAAUCCCUCUCAAACUUCCAGCACAUGCGUAUCCAGGCGGAGAUGGGCGACUCUCCAUCUCCUCCUAGCAACAGCCCAAUGCCAAACUCAUCGUCCAUUGGUAUGCAAUACGUCAAGACCGAGCCCAGGAGUUACGAGUCACCCCAUCAAUCACCAACCCACUCGAAAUACCCUCCUCAGAACUUCCACUCCCAAUCCUCCUCACCAGAACUACCCCAAAGGUUACUUUACCGCGACCCCUUGGACAACAAGCCACACCUCGAUGCCCCCAAUGGAUCGUACCCCGACCCCGAGGAAUUCUCCAGCCAAGCCAACUCCCCCAUGCAAUCCUCCUCCCUCCACCACCGCUCCUUCUCUGAAGACAGCACCUGCCACGCCGAUGAAGCCCACGCCGAAACCGGCAUCACCACCGACGACAUCGCGUGCUACAUCUCCGGCCCCUCCCCCACCGACCAGAAAUACCUCUGCCUCUUCCCCUUCUGCAACAAGCGCUUUGGGCGCAAGGAAAAUAUCAAGUCCCACGUGCAGACCCACCUCGGCGACCGCCAAUUCCAGUGCCCGCACUGCCGCAAGUGCUUCGUCCGGCAGCACGAUCUCAAGCGCCACGCCAAGAUCCACAGCGGCGUCAAGCCGUAUCCCUGCGCAUGCGGCAACAGCUUCGCGCGCCACGAUGCGCUGACCCGUCAUCGCCAGCGCGGGAUGUGCGUUGGUGCCUUUGAGGGCGUAGUUAAGAAAGUCGUCAAGCGCGGACGACCACGCAAGCACCGCCCCGAGCACGACGAGCGCGUCAAUAAGACGCAGCGGACAAGGACGAAGAAUAAGAACGCCGCUGCGGCAGCGCCGGCGAGUAACCCGUCAUCCGAGGCGCCGUCUUCAGCGUCGGAGUACUCAGAGAGCUCGUAUGGCCUGUCGCCCGCGCCGCAGGCGGAUUACGAUGUCCUUGAUGCCCCACCAUUUUCCAAGUACGCGCAUAGUCCGUAUGCAUCCGCUGAUCCGUUUGUUGGCGCUGGCGUGGACGCGGAGUUGGAAUACGCGAUGCAGCCCGUCACUGUGGCGGCUGAGACGCAGUGUAUCUCCCCCCAAACAAUCCAGAAUGCCGCAAGCCCUACUUAUUCGCACCACUCCCACCACACCGCCGCAGCGACCAGCCCGACGCUGAGUGCGCGCUCGCCGCCUGACCUGUGCACGUCGACGUUUGAGGCGUCGUCGCCGAGCGCGAGUUUGUCGUUCUAUGAUAUGCCUAGUGGGCAGGGGCAGCAGGAUGCGGAUGAGAUGUUCCUUGAGGCGUUUGGGGAGGGGUUGCCGAUGGUGGGGGCGCAGGAGGGGGAUUUAUUGGGGUUUGUGGGGGGGAAGGAGUUUGAGGGGUUUGGAGGGGGGGUGGGGGAUGUGGAGGAGUUGUUUGGGGAGGGAGCGGGGGUGUGGAUUGAUUAGUUGCUUGGCCUUUUCAACUUCUCCCUUUCUCCCUUUCUCCCUGCCUCGCUCGCCCCUUGGGGUGAAAAGUGGGUUUGGUGUACGAUACGAUACGAUGCGCUAUGUGUGUUGUUGUUUUAUUCUGGAUGGUGCUUUGGAUUUGCUUUUUUGGAAAUGGGACUGGAACACGGCGGCUGGUACCGGCGGGGUGGGAAGGGAAAUGGGAAAAGAAAGGUUGUUGCUUGUCCACCGGACGCACCUUUUGGCGUCUUGUGAUUUAUAUUGUCAGUUCCUGUCAGUUCUGUCAGUCUGUUUUUGUUCUGCUUGCUGUGCUUUGUAGGUGCGCUGCACGACAGCGCUUAUCUAGUGAGUUAGUGGAUCUAUGCGUUAAUGGCAGUGAUGGAUGGAAUUAACGUGGAUGUGGCAUAUUUCAUUAGAGGCAGUAUGGUGUGUUAUGAUAGCUAAGCUACUUCAGUCAGCUAAGAUGCAAGAUUUAAAUGAUAACAUCCUUCAUUAAAGUCAAGAUAUAAAUGAAACGUCCUUCAUUAAACUCAUGAUAUAAAUAAAAC